GAAAUAUUACCACAGGAUACUGAUGACGCUUUCUACAUUGUGGAUUUGGCCGAUGUUCUUCUCAAGCACCAAAAGUGGGUUUCUCUGCUGCCAAGAGUGGAGCCGUUUUAUGGUUGGUAUUUAGGAAAGAUAUGUUUGGUAUUUGCUGUGGAUUGACAAUAUCAGAGAGGUUGGGCACCAAAUUUUUUGCAAACGGCAGAUAUGCUUAUUUGAUGGCCAGUGUAUCUCAGAACUUGAAAGCCUUCAUCUUUUCCAUUGCUAACAGCCUGUUAGAAACGACAAGUGUAAUUAACAGCAGGACAGCAGGAAAUAUAGUCCCCUAGUUGUCUCUGCCAUUUUCUUUUGCAGUAAAUACGAUGCUGGUUCUCUCUAUAAUUGCUUGUACUUGUUUAAAGAGAAUUUUUUAGAAUUGAUGUCAUGGGGCCAAAAUUUAACAAGAUUUAGAUGGCUUUCUUAUAUCAAUCUUUCUUAUCAGCACUGUAAAAACCAGGAUCACCCUUUUGGGCUAGUGUUAAGAACCACAUAUGUAGGAAUUGGUUGUUUAUUAAAGGAAACAGGAGUUAUGAAACUGAUAAGUGGUUAAGUACAAGAAGCCUACAGAUUUGCUGAAAUGUACAUUCAGUCACAGGUUUUACAGAAAAAUCGAUCUUACCGUAAUGUUUCAAGUGGAAUAAUAUAUGGACUGUGCAGUGCUACUGCGUUGUAAGAGUACCUUUUUGAGACAACUUUUUUCUUUCAGCAAUGAAGUGUAACAAUGACCCAGUUCUCCUGAAAAUGUUGACAGGAUUAGGAAUAGGAUUUGACUGUGCAAGCAAGGUAAAGGGAUCUUUUUGGUUUAAUGAACGUGACAUUCGGUCCUCUGAACUGUUGAUGUGCAAGAUCUAACAUCAAAUUUCCCUUGCAGAUUGAAAUGCAGACAAUGUUAGCUAUGGGUGUGCCACCCUCAAAAAUUGUUUAUGCCAAUCCCUGCAAACAGGCGUCACAUCUAAGGUUAGUUCACAAUCUUAGAAAGUAGGUCCUUCCUUUGCUGACUAUCAAUGGAUGCCACAAACAAGGGGGUAAAAAAUACAAACAAACAAGAUUGCCUUUAACCUACGAUGUACCUUGUUGUGUGAAAACUAACAGUUCUUUCAUUUUACAUCUACAGGUUCUCUGCAGAACACGGUAUUUCUCUGAUGACUUUUGACAAUGAGAUGGAACUACAUAAAAUAAAGAAGUUGUAUCCCACUGCCAGGUGAAUAAUGCUGUCAGUUUCAUUAAAAACAAAAUGUAUAUAUAUUCAUGAUUUAUUUUCACCAGGCACAGCUAUUACAAUCAAUCAACCUUUAUUCCUCUUAAGAUAAAAAAGACAUAUCUUAAGUUAUAUUUACAGAUUGGAAGUCUAAAUAUAAGCGUAUUUACAAAUUACAUGUAAGUGCAAUUCAAAUUUUGAGAAAUAACAAUAAGAAACAAGUCUUUUUUCUCACAGGUUGCUUCUGCGAAUUCGUACUGAUGAUUCCAAGUCACUAUGCCAACUAGGAAUAAAAUUUGGGGCUCCCUUGAAGCAAUGUCGUCAUCUUCUCAAAGUUGCCUUUGACUUGAAGUUAAAUGUGAUUGGAGUGAGGUAAAGCUUUAGUUAAUGUCAAGUUGAAAAAUAGUUUGGUAUAUUCCUGACUUACGUGUUACCUUAAAAAUUAGAGGGUUAAUAUUGUUCUUACUGUAGUCUUUGCUGUUUACUGUUUUUCUAUUUCUUGAAACCCUGUUUGAAAGAUGGGGAUGGAAAUGUCAAAAUAUAAGUUGACAUUAUUUUGCAUUAAUCAGCGUACUAGUAAAAAAGAAUGGCAAUGAUGAAAGCAACUUGCCCUCUCUUAGCUGGUUUAACCAGUGGUGAUGAGUGUAGUUUGUGUACUCCCUGAGCCUAACCUUAUUUACAAAGCAAUCAAGGAAUAAUUAUUAAUAAGUAUUUUUAAGUAAGGUAAAACUAAAUGGUUUUCUCCCCUUAUCAGUUUUCAUGUUGGCAGUGGUUGUUACGAUGCAAAUGCCUAUGGAACAGCUGUGUUAGCUGCCCGAAGUGUAUUUGACCUUGCAGUAAGUAGAUUGUCAUUAUGGGUCUCUUGUAUUGGAAAAUUAAUCAGAAUUGUACACAAUGUCAAGUGUUUCUUUCAAGAUUUUUCUUCAUACCCUCAUAGUUAACCAGAAGAAGACUUUUUUCCAGUCUGCUGUUAAUUUAAAGAGUUGCAUAGGAAUAAUAAAUCCUAAGAUCACAAAAAGGUCUCAUCUCUAAAAGCCUAAAGCUGCAGAAGGUUUCUUGUAUUUCAAAAUUAAUCAGAAUUGUACACAAUGUCAAGUGUUUCUUUCAAGAUUUUCUUCAUACCCUCAUAGUUAUCCAGAAGAAGACUUUUUUCCAGUCUGCUGGUAAUUUAAAGAGUUGCAUAGGAAUAAUAACUCCUAGGAUCACAGAAAGCCCACAUCUCCAAAAGCCUAAAGCUGUAGAAUGUUGUUUGUACCUGCUGUGACUCAGGAUUCAACUGGGUCCCUAAUUAUUCCUUUUUCUGUACUAUGCUAAUGUAUUCUCUUCUUUGUUGACAUGGCUUACAACCCUUGUCUUUUAGACUCAGAUUGGCUUUGACUUCACCAUACUGGAUAUUGGUGGAGGAUUUCCUGGAGCCCCUGAUGCUGCCAUAACUUUUGAAGAGGUUAGCUUAAUGAGCCUUGCUUUGAAAGGUAGCUUUGUCAUAAGAGAUACAUUAAAAUUCAAAGCAAAAAUACUUGAAACUGCAUGCUAAAAAGUUCUGAUUAUGUACAUUGUACUAUCAGGUUUGCUUCAUAGGCUUAGAAGUUGAAACUGAUAUAAAAUUUUCAGUGUAAUUUUUAUGACAAAAAGUUGGUUGCUUGUUUUCAGGUCUGUUCCUUAUUAAACCCCUUGCUGGAGGAGCACUUUCCAGUCAGCUCAGGUGUGCAGAUCAUAGCCGAACCAGGCCGUUUUUAUUCUGCUUCAUCUUUUACUCUUGUUGUAAAUGUCGUUGCACGGCGCACUGUAAAAGGAAGCCAACUGAAAGAGUGUGACAAAACUGCUAAUGGUGCUGUAUUUAAGGACACAGAUGAGUUGGUGAGUUGGUGCUGUGAUUGUUUUAUUCCAACCUGUAUUGUCAUUGUUUCAUUUUGUGAAUGUUAAGAGCAUUAAAUGGCAGUUUCCUUUUUGCCUUGUGAAAAGUUUCUACAUACAUUUUCUGAGGCCUUCACAGGGCUUGAAAGAAGUCUUGUCCGGUAGUCCUGGACAUGUAGAUUCUCUCGCUGGGCAAGUAACUUUUAAAGGUCCAGGCAAGCCAUCCUCUAAGAAAAUUAUUCACCAAGACAACCAAGAAGUGGCCUUGGGCAAACAAAAUGUCAGAGCUGCUUGCCCAAAGGACACGCAGUUUUUUUCUAGUGCUUUGUCAGUUGCUCAAAGGGGAAUUAUUGGAUUAACGUUUUCAAAACUGUGAUUGCCUUGUCUUGAUGACUCAUGAAGAGAGCUUUUGUCAAGAUUUCUUUUAGUUUAGGUGUUUUCAAGUCGCUAAGAACUCUUUUGUCUUGGUUUCUCCUUUUUCUUACUUGUAAGUAGCUUCUCUUAAGGUAUCUGCACCGGCAAAUUUUCAACAUUUUAUUUUGCCCUCAAAAUCUUUCUACAGUAAGUUCAGAUGAUGUAAUAUGCAUGUCUGGUGUUCUUUUUUGAAUAUACCUUCGCAUUUAAGAGAAAAUCUACUCAAAAGUUGACUGAUUUACCGGAAGUUCAAGAAAAUUUUCCAUUUCCGUUACUAAGAAAAAGAAUGGCAGUAGCGCAAUUUGACUCCUCUUUUCGGCAUCAAGUUCUAUUGAUGCGCUGAACAAAAUCUAUUCACUGCUUGGAUUCAUUGACAAACUACAGCGGCUGUAUGUCCAACUUGAUUUUUCUUCCUUCUGUUAAAAGCUGUGAUGACUAAUAUUACUUGCUACUUGUCAAUAUUUGUUAUGUUCUUGAAAUAUACUCCGUUUUCCAGGGCUUAAUAUUGUUUUAAAUUUACAUUACAUCGGUGUGUCUUCUCACCUGAUAUAUUCUGACAAUUUUGCCGGAAGAGUAAAACGUUUUCUUGGCCCCUAAUCCUCUGAACUGUUUUUCUACCAAUUUCUUUCACUUUACAGAAGCAAUUCUUUUCAUUUUUGAAUAAAACUCUUCUUCAAUCUUCAUACUUCGGCGCGCUUCACUGCAUUAUAGCUGACACUGAGUAACGCAUCUUCCGGAAAUGCGUCACACCUAGCAACUGGUCACGUAUCAAAAUCCAAGGGGGCUAUAGAGAGGUCAUUUGGCAUUUUCUUAGGCUUCCACGAGCAUUUUACACAGCGGUGAUUCAAAAUGGCGGGCAAGAAGGUCUGUGAUGGUAGUAUCGAGCAAAAACAGUUGAUUUUGAGAAGAAAAUAAGCUUUUUUACACUGGAAAAGCGUUAAUUACCGCGUGACCGAUUUACCUUGACUUACGGGAACCAGUUUUUUGGAGGAAUGGAUCAUUAUAUCUUCGUGAAAUUUGGCAAAUACACAAAGAGCAUGUUGAUGAACAGAUCUGUGUUUGACCAAAGAAUGAAAUUACCAUACGGCUGAGUUACUGAAGUCCAAAAAGGGAUCAAAUUACAAAACAACAAAUUGCCCUCUAGAGGGGUAUUUCGUGGGGCUGUGUCUUGGUCAAACACAGGAUUGUUGCUUUUUACGUUCCUGUUUGUGUUGCAUUUCAUUUUUCCCACAAACUGUUGUGGUUUUUGUGAAAUUUGAAUUCUUCUCUUUCCAUGCCACCCCCAGGGGGUAAUUAAAAUAACACCUUUAGAGUGAUGUAGCCUUACAAUUUUUUCACUAGUUUGUUCCUUAUGGACCAAAAAGCAAUGUUAUUGGCUAACAUGUAGAUAAUACUCUUACACUGGAUGUCAGUGUAUCACCUAAAAUGUGCAGAAUUUGCCGGUGCAGAUACCUUAAACUUCUUUUAAGAUCUUUUGUUGCUUAAUCCAAUACUCUUGUUAACAUUUUCACAACUGUGUGCCAUGUUGGACAAAACAGAGAAAACAAACUUCCUGUGAUGUCAUCUGUGUGUCUCUACUGUAAUAAAAUUAUGGCCAGUGACCAAUCUAAGUGGUUGUUGCAUAAUUAACAAUUAUUCUUUGAAAUCGAGGUGAAUAGUGGCAAAAUAUUUACCGAGCCGCGAAAGCGGCGAGGUAAAUAUUCCCAAAGCCACUAUUCACCAAGAUUGAGAAGAAUAAUUGUUUUAGUGUAUACACACGAAGUGAUCUCAACAAAAUCAGAAAGGAAACCAUUCAAAAGUAGGAUUUGAUUGACAGAUCAAAUCACGCGUAAGUUUAAAAAUAGAUCUUUGCAGAAUUUUCAAACAUGGCAAUUCACAAGUUUACUCAUUUCGCAAACAACAGCGUAAUGGCUUCAAUGGAAUCGCUAAAAGUUUGAACUGUUUCCUUACCUGAGAAAAAAAGUAGAGCUGUGUUGUUUUCUGUUGACUCGCCAAGUUUAUAGCCAAAAGGGCAUGUUGUGUCGUUCUUCGCAUGAAGUGCUGACAAAAAUGGCGGCUCGGUUGCUCGAGGUAAGAGGUCGUCUUCCUGUAUCAUUCUUUUUCCUGUUUACUUGAAAUGUAGAAUUUCUGCAAACAUUUCCUUUUAAAUUUGUUUGUCAUAAAUAAACUUGAUUUUUGAGCCAAAAUUUUCGUCUUAGAAAACGCUGAGUUCACGAAAUGGCUUCUUCUACGCUGAAUACGGGAGUUGUAAACAAUCCAUCGAGCACAAAACUCCUGCUACAGUAAAUUGAAAAACGCCGUAUUGAAUCCUUCCAAGUCUUUUCUUGCCUUAAAAAAAGUCAGCCCUAGGAUUUUGUCGACUUUUAAAAGAUCGUUCUCUAAAAAAAACGGGAAAAACACCGAGCUCACACAUUAUCCACUCGCUAGGAGGUGAAUAUUGUUGAAUAGUCCGAGAUAGCGAACCAAUCAGAUUGCUUAAAUCACCAAGAUCACUGAGUGUGUAUAUACUAAUAAAACAUAGACAUCGAAAUCUUUAAAAUUCAAAUGAAACAACAGUGGGAAGUGGUUUUAUGGCACAUUGGACUUAUUGACAACCUUGUCCUUCCUGAAGGCCUUUGGAAUUACACUCUCAGAAAUACAUUGUUUCCAUUUGCACUCUUGGGGCCUUACUGGCACAAAGGCAUGUCUCAGUGACUUUUAAUAAUGCAAGCUAAAAAAAGAGAGAUCAGGUCAACUAUUUUUUAUGCAUCUUCCAGUAGUUUUAUCUUAAGAACUAAUAUCAUUAUGUAUUGCUCUGUUUUAGGGUUUUAUGUACUAUGUAAAUGAUGGAGUUUAUGGUUCAUUUAACUGCCUCAUGUUUGACCAUGCAAUAGUGCAUCCAGAAGUGCUUGGUGUAAAAGACGAAGAGACUAAAAAAUUCCCGUCCAGUAUUUGGGGUCCUACCUGUGACUCUUUGGAUUGUAUCUCCAAGGAUGUAAUGUUACCUAAGGUAAGUACUCUAGAAGUAGUUUUUGAUUAAUAUUUUUUAUAUUUCUGUAGAUUGUUUUAUAAAAAUUAAUCAAUUAAUUAAGUCAAAUAAAUGCAGUUUUUCUCUGCCUUAACUAAUGGGUAGAAUCGGAUCUUGCUAAUAUCAUAAUUGUAUUGUAAGAGAAGGUUAGAUACAGAUAUUACAAAUAUGUGACUUAUAAAGUUUCUAAAAUUUACACUCUUGUUCUGUUCUUCUAACCAGGUCAAUGUUGGAGAUUGGUUAUUCUUUAGAAACAUGGGAGCAUACACCUGCUCGGCAGCUUCUACUUUCAAUGGCUUCAAUAAACCACCUAAGUACUACACCAUUUCUAGUAGCUGCUGGUAUGUAGAAGAGUGA